AUGUGGACACUGACAGGAGUGGUGUUGGUGGUAAUAGCUUGCAUCCUAUGGGCCACUGCGCUGGUAAACAAAACAUUGAAGGGCUCAGAGACUGAGACAUUCUGGAGUUAUUUGUACUCUAGCGUGAUAUCAACAAUGAUUGGAUAUUCACCGAUGAAAACCAAAACAUAUCUUAUGAUCAGGAGCGCGUGCUUAAUGGGGUCUAUUUUAUUUUUAGCUGUUUAUCAGAGUCAUAUGAGUAGAGUGUACACAACAAUAAAACAUUUUCCUCAAAUAAAAACUCUAAAAGACUUAUACAGUUCUGGAGCAAGUUUAUAUACCUCUCCAACAAUGAAAGAAUUUAUGAGGCAAUUACAGAAUCCAGAUGACGGACUGCAAAGUGAAUUCUUUAAUAGGGCAUCUUUGACGACUGGGGAACGACUCGGAAAACUUCUGGAGAAUCCGCACCUAGCCACAAUAGAUAGAAAAACUGACGCUGAAAUGGAAAUCCUCAAAAAUUACUCCGAUCCUUUUGGGAUGCCUCUUAUAGAUAUAUUGGAAGAAUGCUUCAGGACCUAUUACGUGUCAUAUAUUUCACGAUCAGAUUUUCCGUUUUUCGAAACUGUGCAAAGGUUUAUGCAGCAUCUACAAGAAGCAGGUCUUCCAGCGAUGUACUACAAGUGGACCCAGCAGAUGCUGGACAUACCAAACACUGUACCAGACUACCACAACCAAGCACGACGACCCUUCUCUAAAAUAACGUUAACUGAUCAAAGUGUUGCUUUUGCGAUACUGGCACUCGGUGUAAUAAGUUCUUUGGCUAUAUUCGUAGUUGAAAUAUGGAAUGGAAAACGUCUUACCAAAAAUAUUAAUGAAUCUGCUACACUUAACACUUAA